UGUAACAGAAGAUGUUUAAAGUCUUCCACUCAAGGGAACUCUGUACUUUGCACUUUGGUUAAAUUCUCAUUUGAAUUUAAAUUUCUAAACUUUUCUUAGGACCUUAAGCUUCCUUUGAUCUCCUCUCUUCUGAAUUGCAGAAAUCAGAUAAAACUAUUGGUAAAAUGACCUCUCCUCACAUUACAGGAAAACCUAUAAAAAAGAUUGCUAUCUUUGGAGGAACUCAUGGGAAUGAGCUAACGGGAGUAUUUCUAGUUAAGCACUGGCUGGAGAAUGACGCUGAGAUUCAGAGAACAGGGCUGGAAGUAAAACCAUUUAUUACCAACCCAAGAGCAGUGAAGAAGUGUACCAGAUAUAUCGACUGUGAUCUGAAUCGUGUUUGUGACCUUGAAAAUCUUGGCAAAGAGAUGUCAGAGGAUUUGCCAUAUGAAGUGAAAAGGGCUCAAGAAAUAAAUCAUUUAUUUGGUCCAAAAAACAGUGAAGAUUCCUAUGACAUAAUUUUUGACCUUCACAACACAACUUCUAACAUGGGGUGCACCCUUAUUCUUGAAGAUUCCAGGAAUGACUUUUUAAUUCAGAUGUCUCAUUAUAUUAAGACUUCUUUGGAUCCAUUACCCUGCUAUGUUUAUCUCAUUGAGCAUCCUUCCCUGAAAUACACAACCAUUUCUUCCGUAGCCAAGUAUCCUGUUGGUAUAGAAGUUGGUCCCCAACCCCAGGGUGUUCUGAGAGCUGAUAUUUUGGAUCAAAUGAGAAAAAUGAUUAAACAUGCUCUUGAUUUUAUAUAUCAGUUCAAUGAAGGAAAAGAAUUUCCUCCCUGUGCUAUUGAGGUCUAUAAAGUAGUGGAGAAGGUUGAUUAUCCCAGGAAUGAAAGUGGAGAAAUAACUGCUGUUAUCCAUCCUAAUCUGCAGGAUCAAGACUGGAAACCAUUGCACCCUGGGGACCCCAUGUUUGUGACUCUUGAUGGAAAGACUAUCCUGUUGGGUGGAGACUGUACUGUGUACCCGGUGUUUGUGAAUGAGGCUGCUUAUUAUGAAAAGAAAGAAGCUUUCGCAAAGACAACAAAAGUCACUCUCAAUGCAAAAAGUAUUCGCUCUUCUUUCCACUAGAAAUCAGUGCUAGCUCACUUUUUGUGGGGAAUCUUGAAAACAGACCAGUCUGUACGCUCCUCAUGAACAGAGUUGUGCCUUAUUCAAGUUCAUGUUCAUAGCAUCUGACCCAGUCCCCAAGCAGUAGGCAUUCACACCAGUGUCUUAAAGAAAAGAAUAAAUUAAUGAAUGUCUUUUAAAGUUAUCAUAUUUUAUGUAGAUAGCUUCUUCAAAGAAGUAUGCUUCCUAUUUCUGCAUAGAUUUUUAUACAUUUACACUUUGAUAAUUUAAUAUUCUUUAAAACAGCUUUCACUUUCAAUGUAUAAAAGAUAUAGCUACUAUGUGCAAAGUUAUUAACUUGAACAUGGCAUUAAAUGUAUGUUUUCAAGUAAUGUUUAAGAGCCACUAAAAACUAAUGGUGCAGACUAUUUUUAAAUUUUUCAUGAUUGAGUUAAUGACACUAUAUUAAGUAUUCAGUCCAUGAACUAGCAAUAACUGUGAUAUCCAUAGUAGAUUUUAGCUGCUAUUCUUCAGAUGACAUGUUGAAGAGAAAUGAGGGCUGAUUAUAAAGGUGACAAAUACAUCUAGAAACACUGAUGUCUUACACUGGCCUUGAGAAGCUACCUGUCCUUCUCAGCAUGGACAAUUAGGAAGAGGCAAAUUCCUCUCAUCUGCUACUCCUGUUUUUGAAUGAACACUCACUCUUACUCCCAGCCAAAGUGUGAGGAGAUCUUUGGACUCCAGUAGCUGUCAGCUUAGGUGGUUAAGACUCAUAACAGAGGACAGAGGACACUAAUAGAAACACAACCUAAUCCAUGUCUAAUCAGAACCCUAAUCCAUGUCUCUGGUUUGCAAACACACCCUUUCAAGAAAUUCUCCCAUUUUUUUUUUAAAGCUGAAAUCCCUCACCUCCCAUGAUUCUUGUCUUCAAAGGACCUCUGGCAAAACACUGCCUCCCUCCCAGCCCCAUUCUCAAGGCCCUCCUCCUCCCUUCUUUUAGGUCAUAGCAGCCAAGGAAGGAAAAACUUUAUCCUAUGAUUUGAACCCCAAAGAAACAUGUUUAUGGCUUCAAAUGUUUUACCAAAAAUAUUAUAGGGGACUUACAUAGAUACAUAAAUGUUUUCAUUCUUCCAAGGCCAACUCCACUAAGCCAAUUUCACUCCAUAUUCAUUGUUUUAUAGAGCACAAUUAAAUGAUUUCUAAAUUUUGUACUAGAAAAAUCAUUGUGUACUUUGCCAAAAAUAUUUUCAUUAGAAUAAACUUCCCUUCGAAUGUUGUAGUAAAAA